UCUCUUCCCCCACCACCCCCCAGUCUUUCAGGCAAGGCAAAGGCCUUGCACGAGACAAAGCAGCUCUCCGUCCCGGGCAGUAUCGGAGCCCCCCAGGCCGGGCAGUAUCGGACCCCCCCAGGCCGGGUAGUAUCGGACCCCCCCAAGCCGGGCAGUAUCGGACCCCCCCAGGCCGGGCAGUAUCGGACCCCCCCAGGCCGGGCAGUAUCGGAUCUCCCCAGGAACAGCGCGCCCCAUCCCCGUGGAACAGCGCGCCCCAUCCCCGUGGCACAGCGCGCCCCAUCCCCGUGGCACAGCCGCCGCCUUCACCGCCAUGGCUCUGCCGCAGCACCGCCGCGCCGCGGUGCUUUCAUACGCGCCGUUGAAGCGGCGCGGCGCCGCGGGGUCGGUGGCUCGCGUGGUCGGCGGCGACGGGCGCCGGGCGGACGGGCGGUCGCUGGAGGAGAGCCGCCCCGCAUUCCUCAGGACAAAGACGGUCACGCAGGCAGCAGGAUCGGCGUACGCCGAGUUUGGCGGCACCAAAGUGAUAGUGGCCGUCUUUGGCCCGCGGGAGAGUCGCAAGGCGGAGCAGUCGAUGGGGGGCAAGGGGCGGCUCAAGUGCGACGUCAGGAUAGCGCCGUUCGCCACGCCCAACCGGAAUAGCAACGCCCAGGGCUUGGAGGAGCGGUACGCGAGUGAGGUGGAGGGCGCGCUGCUGCCGGCCGUGCAGCUGCACCUCUUCCCCAAGGCCACGCUCGAUGUGUCCGUGCUGCUGCUCCAGUCAGGGGGGGCGGACGUGGCGGUGAUGAUGACAGCGGCGGCCAUGGCGCUGGCUGAUGCGGGCGUGCACCUCCACGACCUCGUCACCGCCGCCGUUGUGAGCGUCUGCCGUGGCGACCUGCUGUUGGACCCCAGCGCUGAGGAGGAGCGCGUGGAGGAGGGGCGGGUGGUGGUGGCACUGAUGCCGUCGCUGAGCGAGGUGGUGCUGUGCAGUGUCACGGGCAACAUGUCCGUCAAGCGCGUCAAGGACGCUGUGGACCUGGCCAUUGCAGGGUGCAUGAGAUUAGAUGAAGUGGUCCGAGCCACAGUCAGGGACGAGGCAGCUGCUGCUGUGAUGUAGUUUUCUUAUACCAGUGGAACUCACACAGCUGCAGUUGGUCAACUGUGCUGCUGCUACUCUGAUCAUUUUAUGUCUACAUUGCUUCCCAAGUUCCAAGCGUACGCUCAAACACACUAGCUAGUGGACUGUAGUAGUGAGUGACAUCAGCAAUUGCUAGCUAAUGUGUAACACGGAGACUGUAAUCUACACUGAUCAGCAAAACUGAU